AUGUUACAUUUAGAUAUAAAACCAGAUAACUUAUUCAUUUCGGCAACCGGCACAUUAAAGAUUGGUGAUUUCGGAAUGGCAAUACAACUACAGCAGCAACAGCAACAGCAACAACAACAACUAAACGAAGAACAAGACUCAACCUCACAACAACAACAACAACUAAACAAUAGCUACGAUAUGAACACCAGUAGAGAUAGUAACAAUUUGAGUAUAGACGAAGACGAUGUAUAUUUUGAUUUUAUAGAAGGCGAUAGCAGGUAUCUAGCGAUCGAGUUUCUCAACGAUAAAAAACUGAUUGGAAUGCCAUCCGAUAUCUUUUCGAUUGGUGUAACGUUUUUCGAGAUGGUGACAGGCAAAGAGAUGCCUUCGAACGGUCCUCUCUGGGAACAGCUACGAGAUGACAGAGCAACCGAAUUUCUAGAGCCAAACAAAUACUCUAAUACCCUCUACAACUGCAUCUUGGCAAUGAUGAAGUCUAAUAUCUCUGAGCGUAUAACAUUAGAUGAUCUAUUAAAGAUUGAUCAAAUUAAAAAUAUAGUAAAUGAAAGAAAAUUAAAUCCAAAUAUAAAUAGAGUAAUACAAUUAAUACCACAAUCACCUAAAAAUCAAUUCCCAAUGUUGGAUAAAGAGAAUCAUUAUAAUUCACCUAUGGCAUCACUUAGCCUUAAAUCAUCGGCACAUUUUAUCAUUAACAAUAAUAAUAAUAACAACAAUCUCAAUAAUAGUAGUAAUAGUAUUAGUUUUAGUAAUGGUAGUUCAAAUAAUAUAAAUAAUCUAUUUAAAGAACAAAUUCAACUUCAAAGUCAACAACUACAGGAACAACAACUACAACCACCAGCAGCACCAAAAUCAACCAUUAAAAGUAUGAAAAGAGUACUACAAGAUUCAAUAGAUGGUACUACAUCUCAAAAAGUUUGUGCAAUCAGAAGAAGUUUAGAUAAUUCACUACAAACUGAAGAUUCAACAAUGUCACCUAGGAAUCUACUAAGUUUAUUCCAAGAUUCUAAAAAAGAAUGA